CUGUAACCAGGGCCCAGGGGUCCCUCUUGGACAGCUGUGUGACUUCAAGAUGGACUGCCCGCUCGGGACGACGAAGGGAACAUGUGCCAUCAGUUUCUCAAUGGCAGCUAUUGCUCCUUCGAGGACGGUGAGUGCGGAUGGCAGCCAAUUGCAGCCAAGGGAUCCUCCUGGAGGCGUGUUCGCACCCUUCCAAAGAAGGUGCGGCCUAGCUGUCCAUCAUCCUCAGGUGCCAUGUUCAGUGUGGAUGGAGGACAGUCCAAGGGUCAGCACGGGUCCGCGUUGCUCAGGAGCCCUCUCUUCCCUCCUCCCCUACGGAACUCUCCAUGUGAGGUACGGUUCUGGAUGUGUUCCGGAGGUGGCCAGAGGUGGGCGCUAUCUUUGUGGCUGGUGGAGAACAGCACAGGACCAGAGGAGCAGCGCAGACUGUGGCACUCUGCCAGUGAGCUCAAGACCGAGAGAGGCUGGAGACUCAUUAUGCUUCCUCUCUACGGACUUGUUGACUGGUUCUGGCUCCAGUUCAGCGUUGACAAUGGACCUGGUCCAGGAUCAGCCAUUUGUCUGGAUAACAUCUCCUUCAGUAUGGACUGCUUCCUGGCCUCCAAUGGUGAAUUUCCUCCAACAGUAACUGGYAACACUAAACUGCCAAUGAAACCAACCAAUCAGAACAUCAAAACAACCACCCCGUCCAAUGGAAACUCAAGAACCUUGUCAGAACAUCCAACUCUGACUGCCUACACCAAAUGGGCCUUUCACACUUGUGGGGCAGUGGGUUCAGAGGGGCCCACCCCAACCCAGUGUAGCAGCUCAUAUCGGAACAGCAACAUCAACGUUACCGUGGCAACCAGAAGCCCAUUCAAAGGCAUCCAAAUCUGGAGGGUGCCGGAGACUGGCAGUUACAGGAUCACAGCUUGUGGGGCGGCUGGAGGUCGCAGUGUAUUGACCAUGGCCAAGUCACAUGGUGUCCAACUCACAGCAGACUUCCUGCUUCAGGAGAGCGAGGUGCUUCACAUCCUGGUGGGCCAAAAAGGAGAGGACGCCUGCCCCAAUACCAACGAGAUCCUAAACAAGAUCUGUGUGGAGCAGAUGCCAUUGGAAAACAAGACGCAGGUCAAAGGGGGCGGGGGCGGAGGAGGCGGAGGCGGAGGCGGAGGCGGAGGCGGAGGCGGAGGCGGAGCCACCUAUGUGUUCAAGGUGCASAGGGGUGUCCACAUCCCCCUGAUCAUCGCAGGUGGGGGUGGGGGACGUGGGUACAGCAGCCAAUCGGACAGCCAGGAUGAGCUGAUGGACAACCCCAAGGUACCAGGGCGCAACGGGAAGUCUGGAGCGGCAGGUGGAGGCGGAGGUUGGAAUGACAGUAACCCUGGGUCUCAGGGCGGGAGACCCCUCAUACUCGGAGGCCAGGGGGGGCAGCCCUGCAUUAAGUUCAGCUGGGAGACCCGAGGAGGUUUCGGGGGAGGGGGAGGUGCCUGUACAACCGGUGGUGGAGGAGGGGGCUAUAGAGGUGGCAGCACAUCUGAAGCUAAUGACCCAAAGCAGGAUGGAGAUGACGGCUCCUCUUUCAUCAGCCCAGAGGGAGAGACCUUCCUGGACCCUCUGAAAGGUAUGGAAAGUGAUGGAGAGGUGAUCAUCUGCCCCGUGCAGAACUGUAGCCACUGUGAGACGGAUGUGUUCUGUGACGUGGACUUUGUACUGGCCGCGACGGAGUGUCUUGUAUCUAACUCAUCAACAGAGGUGUCUCCCCUGCCUCCCCAGCCCUCCCUGUCCCAGUUGGCCCUGGUUCUGUCUGUGGGGACUUCAGCCCUCAUUGCUGCCCUGCUGUUGGCUGUGUCUGGAGUCAUGAUCAUGUACAGGCGUAAGCAUACAGAGCUACAGUCCAUUCAGCUGGAGCUCCAGAGCCCGGACUGUAAACUGAGCAAGCUGAGGGCUUCAACCAUCAUGACCGACUACAACCCCAACUACUGCUUCGCUGGGAAGUCCGCCUCUGUCAACGACCUGAAGGAGGUGCCCCGACGCAACAUCUCCCUCACCAGGGGUCUGGGACAUGGUGCCUUCGGUGAGGUGUAUGAAGGGAUGGCAGCGGGGAUACCUGGAGAGCCAAGUCCCAUGCAAGUAGCAGUCAAGACACUCCCUGAGGUGUGCUCUGAGCAGGAUGAGCUUGACUUUGUCAUGGAGGCUCUCAUUAUCAGUAAAUUCAGCCACCUGAACAUAGUGCGGUGUAUAGGGGUGAGUCUACAGGGCCUACCACGCUUCAUCCUAUUGGAAUUAAUGGCUGGAGGAGACCUCAAGAGUUUCCUGAGAGAGAUGCGGCCCAGACUGGAGCACCCUUCUAGUCUAUCCAUGGAGGACCUGCUCAACGUGGCCAGAGACAUAGCACAGGGAUGCCAAUACCUGGAGGAGAACCAGUUUAUACACCGGGACAUUGCGGCCCGGAACUGCCUGCUGACCACCAAAGGACCGGGGAGAGUGGCCAAGAUCGGAGACUUUGGCAUGGCCAGGGACAUUUAUAGGGCCAGCUACUACAGAAAGGGUGGGCGCGCCAUGCUGCCUGUGAAGUGGAUGCCUCCGGAAGCCUUCAUGGAGGGGAUCUUCACAUCCAAAACAGACACGUGGUCCUUUGGGGUGCUGCUAUGGGAGAUCUUCUCUUUGGGCUAUAUGCCCUAUCCCAGUCGCAGUAACCAGGAAGUGUUGGAGUUUGUCACCAGCGGGGGAAGGAUGGACCCUCCCAAAAACUGCCCAGGGCCUGUGUACCGGAUAAUGACACAGAGUUGGCAGCAUCAACCGGAAGACAGGCCCAACUUCUCCACCAUUUUGGAAAGGAUUGACUACUGCUUACAGGACCCCGAUGUGGUGACUGUUCCCUUGCCUGUGGAAUAUGGCCCCCUCCCUGAAGAGGAGGAGCGGGUACCCAUGCGCCCUGAGGACCCCACGGCCUCCCCCCUGCUGGUGUCCACUCUGAUGCCUGACGGUGCGGGCCCCGCACCGUCAGCCCCCAAGCCCACCGAGGCCACUGAGGCUCAACAACCCCAGCCCCACCCCCAGACAUUCACCAUGACCACAGCCACCUCCAAGGUKCCUCCCCCCAUCUCCACCAAGCAACCAAACCCAGACGGUGGCCACGUCAAUCUGGCCUUCACCCAGGGCCACCCUGGGGAUAAGGAGGGUCGCAAUGGGAAACCCACCAACCUGUGGAACCCCACUUACGGCUCCUGGUUCCUCCAGCUGCAGCAGCAGAAGAAGCAGCAGCAUCAGCAACAACCGCAGCAACAACAACAACAGCUGCAGCAAAAGCAGGAAAGAGUGGGCAGUGGAGGUGGGGGAGUAGGAGGUGGGAGGGUGCCGGGCGAGGGGCAGGAGCACAAGGGACGGACUGUGGGCGAGGCUGUGGGGGCCCUGAGUCUCCAGCACCAGCAGCAGUUCCAGCCACCAUACCCCUUCCAUCCGCAACAGCAGAUGCAGCUCUUACAUCACCAGCAGCAGCAACAGCAGGGSUUCUGCAGGCCGCUUUUGCCACCUCCGCCACCACCCCAGGCUACCUCCUUGGGUACCACUGACCCUACCCCUUCCCCGCUCCUGUUAGAUUCGGCCGCCCUACCCCCGGUCCCCCUAUUUAGACUUCGCAGAUUCCCCUGCGGGAACAUCGGCUAUGGCUACCAGGAGCAAGGGUUACCCCUAGAGGCAGCCCACCACCACCAGAAUCCUGUCUCUGUCAACCCCCCUCCUCCACCGCCCCCUCCCCCGCCACCCGUGGCCUCCCAGAGAGGAGUGGCUGGGACCCAGCUGUCGCUGAGCCACUCGACGAUGGCCAAAUCCGAGGACAGCCUCCCUCUGCUGGUCACCAUGGGGACGGUGCAGGACCCGAGUCUGCCCCGGAUGGAGGGCCACAAUGCCACAGUGCUGUAGCCCCUCCAACCCCCAACCUCCAACUUGCUUUUUGGCUCCCACCUCGGAGGCUGUGUGUACAGACAGAUAGGCAUACAGACAGACUUGAUGAUCCACCGUGCAACACUGUGUCAGGACACCUUACGAACAGCCUUCCCGUAUCGACACCUUGGUUUCAUCCACCGAUUGGAUCAAGCCAUUGCAUUGAGUCCAAAAUGUUUCAUCCCAAUGAGAUAAAAUGGCUGUGGAAAUUACAAUGGGGUGUUAAAGCACAUUGGAGAGCUGCAAAGGACCACUAAGAAGAAAAGGUUGUGGGUUGUUGGCUAGGAAAAUAGGAAUAAUUGUACAUUUUGCAGCACUGGCUAGUGUUCAGUAGACAAUUGUGGCAGGACGGUUAGAUGUUUCCAUUCGGUUGAACUAGCUAACUUCUUUGCAAUGUGUUCACGAGCCGACUGCUCAUCUUCGCGGCUCUGUCGAUGUCAAAGCAGCCUUUCACAUGGAGUCAUGCUGGAAACACACAAACAGAACAUACAAACACAUAACUAAGAACCAUACACAUCUGCUAGAUGUCUAACUGACUGUAGCAUUAGCUAACUUCUUCUCUAGCUGUCAUUCAUUGCGGGUUAUCUAUUUCAUUGGAAAUUCAGGCCUUGGCAGUUGAUUCACCAAUCAGAAACAAUUUUCCCAAAAUAUCGUGAGUGUCGGACACUGGAUUCCUGAGUUUUUUUGUGUUUUUUUUUUACAAUGAAGAAAAAAUGUGUUUGUUGAUGUUUGCUUGCCUGCUUGUUUAUUUAUUAAUUUGUCUAUUUAUUAUUUGGGAGCUCUAUAAAUUAUUAAUACACCAACCUUAUCCAAAUUAAUUUGACAUACUGUACAUGGGUUAGCUAUUUGACUUUUUUUUUGCACUAGUCUUUGUCCAACGUCGACUUAAUUGAAUUAAUAUAAACCCUUGUGAACAAUGACAAAUGCACUGAAUGUUAUUUCAGAUAGUUGGAAUCAGUACUCAUGGUGGUGAAGGUUGCUAUGGUAUGAGGGUGGGAGUGAAAGGGAAUUGUUGGGAGGGUGUAACGGUGCCAUGAGUAUGUGAGUGGCUGUCUUUGCAAUUUAAGGUGUGUGAUUAGGUGUGUUUGAGCGAGAGGGAGAGGGAAAGAAAGACGGACAGAAUUUUCUUUCUUAGAAGGGCAAUACUAUGGAGCUUACUGUAUACUGAUCUUAAAUGUUUAUUCAGGCAAGUUCACCUUCCAUUCCUCGUUAAAUAUGUUUUAUAUGUAUAUAAUAUGGCCCUCUAUGGAAAGACAGAAAUUACUGUUCCAUGGACUCUUAUAUGUGGCAAUUAAUUUAAUUGAAAGUGUGCUUUUAAAUGAAGACAUUUUGGCAUUUUUUGGGGAGGGCUUUUUUCAAUAAUGUUUUCUUGAUUCAUGACCUGCAAAAAUGUAUUAAACUACAUUGUUGCCUUAGCCAGCAGCAAUUACACCAUAUAGUACCAGUCAAAAGUUUGAACACACCUACUCAUUAAAGGGUUUUUCUUUAUUUUUACUAUUUUCUA